AUGGCCUCCGCAAUGGAUAAUGAGUCGACUAGAAGGAAGCCAUCUAUCCCAAAAGAGCGGUGGAACAAAUUCAAGCCUGAAAGUAUUGAAUUAUACUGGGAUCGUGACCUCACUUUACAGGUUGUUGCAAACCAUAUGAGAACCCAGCAUGGCUUUGAUGCAGAGCAGCAUAUGUACAAGAAACGUCUGGACGAAUGGGGAAUUCGAAAGAACUAUACGGCAAAACAGAAACUACAGCUCCAUGCCUGUAUCCAGCAACAAGAUGGCGAAACAGACGACAUCCUAGUGAACGGAAAGCCGUUAGGCUCCAGCGUCCGAUUCAAUGGCAUGGUCGCCGAUUGA